AUGGCGAUCUCCCGCGUGGUCCUGUUCUUGUUCUUCUGGAAUGCAAUCCUGUGGACGCCCGCGCGGUCGGAUCUCGUCAUCUUGAAACUGGAUCGGAAGGUGCUUUCUCCUUCCUCGCGGUGGAUGGUUCCCCCGUUUAGUGGGGUCUUGAUUUAUGCUUUGGUUUGUGGCAAAUCUGUUUUUAGCAUCGAUCGCGUUAGAGGUGGGAUCGAAGCCGCCCAUUGCGUUUUGUUUGUUCUAACAGCUGCUUGGUCAAGCAACAGUUCUACCCGUGUACUGAUUUUAAUGUUUAACUGUAUGGGACGUUAGUUUUUGGCUGAAAUUGUCAUUUUUUUGGCUGAAAAUGUCUGGCCGACUCUGCCUGUGAUGUCACACGGGAUUUUUUUUCUCAAGACUAGCACAUUAUUUUUUAUCCCGCUAUGAAAUUAUUAAGUGUCAAUAUUCUCUCUAAGAUCCACACCAAUUUUACUCAUUCAAGGUAAAAUUACGGUUCAACGUGAGGCAGUCGAAGUCUCUAAUUAUUAUGAAAUUACUUUUUCUGUCUAAUUAUUAAGUUUCAUCAGGGUCAGAUCACUGAAAGGUACUCUCAGGGAGGAGUUUCCCAAUUUAGGCGAAGGUUUUAACGUGAUCAAGGCAGCUAUGUGCAGGCGAUAAGGCAAGGCCUAAUUUUAACGUAUAAACUGAUAUGUAUAUAUAUAUAUAUAUAUAUAAUUAUUAAAAAGCACAGGAACGAUAUUGACUCAUUAUAUUACACUAGUGAUAUAAUGUAUGAUGUUAUAGAGACUUAAGCAGAAAACACCAUAUCAAAUCUUAUGUGCAUUUUCGAUCACUUCCAUGUGUUCAAAAGUGAAUGUCCACGUUGACUUGUCGUCAAUAUUUGUGUUAGCAAAAAGGACACUCAUUCGGGAGAACGUGUACAGUGGCUUGCUUAGGCGGCCUGGAUAGCUUAGGUGUUGGGGUUGCCUGACUACCGAAACGUCUCUAAGGCAAUGCCUCGCAAAACUGUGAUUUGUAGACUUAAGCAUUGUUUGAGGUUGUUGGUUUAGCAUUUAAAAGAGGGUUUAAAACUGGAAGGUUUUUCUGUUGCUGUCAAUCGUAUUGUGAUGAUAGAUAAAUGAGUGUGUCUAUUGAUGAAUAUUCUCUCAGUCUCUGUAGAAUUUUCUCGCAUUUCCAGUUUUGUUUUUUCAUAGUCGAUUCAGUAAUUCUUUUCAAAUCUUUUGACUAUAAAACAACAAAGUCGAUCUUUUUAUGUCAAAAAGGAACACUGAUUUUUCUCAUUUUUAACUGCUUACCUGCAGCCUCUGCUGCUGGCAUCGUCAAUAUUUGUCUUACUCCAACACAUUCUCUUCUUCGUUUUUUGUGUUCAAGAGGAGCCUCUUUAGUUAAUUCCUAAUUUUUUCAUUUGAAAUCACAUUACAUUUACUUCUGUAUCCGAAGAAAUCCUUUCGAGGUUCGAAGUUUAUAGUUGUUUCCUAUCCUGAUGAAUUUUCUAUUUUCUUUGGCAGAUUGACUUGACUUCACAGACUGUUCGUGUGACUUCAUCCUUGAAGGUUGCUCUCUGAUUCUCUCUCUCUCUCUCUCUCUCUCUUUCUGUCACAGACACACACGCACACACACACACACACACACACACACACACACGUGUGCAUCCACGCACACGCACAUGUAGUAGAACAAUAAAAUAAUACUACAUAGUUAUAACCACCAUUCAAUUGCAUAAUCAGCUUCCCAAUGUUUGCCUUCUGUGUUAAGUUAUCGCCUGGGCAAGAAAGCAAAUUCAUUCUUUCUUUUUAUCUGAUUAUGCCAGACUAGAUGCUAGGUCCAGUCUCCACUCUGGAGACUAAUAAGACAGCAUGAUUAGGUCUUCAGUCGGUUUUCUUUAAGGUGGAAGUGAGCCUCUAUCGUAGAUAAAAAAACUAGGGGUAUUACAAAGUGGAUGACAUAAAAAGCCAUCAUAUGGAAACAAGGCAAGUGUACAUAAACAAGCUACUUGGACGUGGACUCUUCUUUACUUUUAUGAAGAUGCUAAAUAAGAAGAAGGGGAACACAGAAUCAAUGGCAGGGUUCUUUCAUCUCUUAGUAUGUUUAUCAUGAUAUAUUAUUGAGAAUCCUCAGUUUCCUCUGGCUUCGCUCAGUUUGCUGUUGUGCUAGCAGUAGUGUUAAUGAUAGCUUGGACGUGUUGAUGUUAUGCUGAAAUGUUUGUCUUUCUUUCCCACCAAGUAGCCCCACAACACUUUGAGAUAGGAUUACAGGAUGUCCAUUUUUUACCAUUUUCUCUUUGGUGAACUUUACUUUGUCGAUUAUUUCACUGUUUUUGGUUGAUAUUAGUCCAUAUCUUCUUGAUAUAUAAACCUUUAUUGAUCAUUAUUAAUUUACCUUUUUAUUUAUGCUUUUAUUGGAUUUAUCAACUCAGUGAUUGGGUGAAGCUCACAGUUUCUUCUUCUAUCAUGUUAAGCCAUAUUUCAUACCCUUCCAUCAUUAUCCUUUUAUUUAUUAUUAUAGUAAAAACUACUUCUCUAAUGAAUGUAUAGUGGUAGUUGACCAAUGCAAUUAUGUAGCGCAAAGCUCUCUUGGGCUCAUAGAUAGGCCAGUGUCUCAAUGGAGGUGGUUCAAUUGCAGUUUUAUUCAUAGCUGAAUUGCUAUAGAGAUAGCAUGCAGGAGGACAUGAUUAUCAAAGAUAGGUAUUAUUAUGUUUUUGACGAAUUGGUGUAGAGCUAUAUAUAUUAGUGUAUUAUUCUGAAAGGUUUAGCUACGAUGAACUGAGGGGAGACCAUUCUUGAAAAAAACCUCUUUUCUCGAAAAAUAAAAUGUAAAACAUCCUUUGAUGAAAGUCAACCGCUGAAGAUGCAUGCUGACACUCUAGAGAGUCACACAGAAAACGUUCUUUGAGCGGGAAGUAAUGGAUCUGGAGUUCUCAAGCCACCAGUAGACAUUUGAUAGAGAUAGAAAAGUUUCUAAAUGAUAUUUACUUUACAAGGGCAUUUUGCGAAUCUUCUGCUAUGGGAUGCGAAAGUAGCAAUAACAACUUCAAAAUUCAACGUUUUUUUCCUUGCAUAACGUUUUUAGGUGCUUAUAACAUGGUGAAUCACUAUUUCCAAAUUUCGAAUACCAUUUGGUGAAUUCAAAAUUAAGAUAGAUAAGGUGUGUAACUAUAAGUCGACAGUACAAACAAUAACGUUAUGAGUUAGCAUUCAUAACAGAGAAAUGGGGAGGUUGGAGAUGAGCUAGUUUACUACUUUAUAUGCUAUAUAAAUUAGGUAUUUAGCAUGUAUGCAGGAAGGCGUCGUUCUUACUGUUUUGAAAAAGUGAAAGGAGCACAGCUGGGCUAACAUUUUCUCGUUGGCCUUGUAUCACUGAUCUUUAAAUCAUACCUUGUUUACAUAGUAACUUCUUUAACUUAUGCAAUUUUUGUGCUUCUUUCUUUUCGUUUAUCCUGAGCUUGGCGUUUUCUAACUCACUCUAAUGUCUAAAAUAAAUAGGAUUAAAUCGAAAGAGCACCAGUAUUUCACCUUUCCAGACCCAUCACUUUUCUUCCUUGCAGAUAAUUUUCUUAACUAUGUACACUCACUUUUCUCUCAUUUCUGUAAUUAUGAAUGAGGAGCAUUAAAAUAAUAUUUUAUGGUUUCUGCAGAUAGAGAAUGCUGGUCCUAGCACGGCAUCAAAGGUUCUUCUUGCAUUCCCUAGCCACCAGGCAAGAAACAUUGCGGAGCUGAGGUCAUUCUAUCGGGAAGGGAAAUCGAAAGUGUCCUCUGACCAACUUCGAGUUGAAUUAGUCGAACCUCAGGGCAUGCCACCAGACUUGACUUUUUAUGCGGUUCAGCUACAAAAGGAUUUACGCAGGGGAGAAAUAUUAAACUUAGAUGUGCUGGCUGUAUUUACACACUCCCUAAAGCCAUUCCCUGAACAAAUUAGUCAAACUGAAGUUCAGCUCGUUGUGUUCCAGGACAGUGCAUACUAUCUUUCCCCGUAUGUAGUGAAGGUCCAGUCUCUUGGAGUUAAAUUACCUAGUAAAAAUGUCGAAUCUUUUACCAAAUUUGAAAAUUCAAAGCUUAUAGAUUCUGAGAUCAAAUAUGGUCCAUAUGAGAACCUUCCAGUCUUCUCAUAUACACCAAUAGUUGUCCACUUUGAAAGCAGCAGUCCUUUUGCAGUAGCUCAAGAACUUCUGCGAGAAAUCGAAAUUUCCCAUUGGGGCAACGUACAGGUGACUGAACACUACAAGCUUGUCCAUGGAGGAGCUCACAACAAAGGGGGAUUUUCUAGGUCUUGUCCUUUGCGCUUACCCCAUCUAAUACUCUUUGGCAUGUGGGUAUCAGCUGUAUGUUUGAGAGAUAAUAUCACCUCACUGAUUUAUUUAUUUUCAGGUUUGACUAUCAAUCAAGGCCUUUCGCGAGUGAAUCAUCAUCAUUUAGGCAUCUUCUCGCUAGAUUACCGCCAAGAGCUCAUUCUGUCUACUAUAGAGAUGAAAUUGGAAAUGUCUCCACAUCACAUCUCAGGGGUGAUUCUAGAAAGGUAUUUCUUCAGUGAAGAAAAAACCACUCGCUGAUCAUGUUAUACACUACAAUUUGAACUCUAAAAUUUUCUUCUGAGUUUAUAUAUCGUGAAUUCCGCAACUUUCCUGCAGACAGAACUGGUAAUUGAGCCUCGAUAUCCGAUGUUCGGCGGGUGGAAAACAUCUUUUACUAUUGGAUAUGGCUUACCCUUGAAAGACUUCUUGUUUCAAUCCGAAGGAAGGCGCCUACUCAAUAUUUCGUUUGGGUGCCCCAUAGAAGAUGUUGUUGUAGAUGAUCUCAUUGUGAAGGCAAGUGAGAACUUUUGGAUCAUGACGAAUUUCAGGCAUUCCACUUGCAUGUAUUAUUGUUUUCUUCGUAAAAACUUCUCUGUCAAAUUAUUUUUUAUUGUUUGGAGAUUAUAUAGUUCAGUCAUAUGCUAUAUUUCCCGUAAGAUAUCCAUUUCAGGGCAUACAAUCUUUGUUUGUAUUUUGAUUCAGAAUGUUUUCCUGAGAAAUAUUCUGAAAGUUCUUCAUUAUACAUCAUGAAAGUUGUGUACAGAUCCAUUGUCCACCUUGCCAUAAACAGUUUGCUGUAACAAGAUUAUUUAACUUUGAUUUUUUCACUUAUCUUUUUUCAGCUGCUUUCAUUUCACGCCUUAUUUUUAUAUAUGAUCAAGGUUGGGUGUAAGAGUAUGGAUACCAUAUAGAUACCUUGAAAACUGAUGCUGAUCAGCUAAUACUGGACUGUACUAGUCUCAUGAAUCACAGUGAUGCGCAUCUGAAAAUCAUUGUUUUAAAACAGAGUCAGGAUUUUUAUUAUUUUAUUGAAAAUGUAUCGUUUUCAUGCUUUUUGAUCAAUUUUAAAACAGCAGACUGUAAAGAAGAUGCAAUUCAAUGAAGAGAUUAGUGUAAACUAAAAUCAUAAUUAGCUAAAUUAAUAAUUUGCAUUGAGGUGCAGUGCAUAGCGUUGAACUUAGUUAAUAUUUCUGCUUCAAUGACUUCGUGGGUCAUUGUUACCAUAUAGAAAGAUCAAAUUCCCUUCAACAUCAUCUAGAAUUUUCAUAAUGUUGGUGAAUGUUGGAGGGCUUCUUGAGCUUAAGGUAUCCAACUGAACAAGCAAUCUUCCUGCCAACUAGUCUGCUGAAACAUUUGUCUGGCCUUCUCUUUUCCAAAGCUACAAUCUCUGGGUAUUCAGCACCACCUUGGAAAUUGGUAUUUCCAGUCACAACAACUGAUCUGAAAACACUCCAGAGCUAUGGAUUCUUUAUUUGACAUGGAAUCGAGUCCUUAAUGAUGCCUAAAAGCUUAUAAUAUCGAGAAUUUUUACCAUAAUAUUUCUUAACUCUACUGUUUUAUUCUACAGGUCGUUUUGCCUGAAGGUUCUAAAGACUUCUACUCAUCUGUUCCAUUCUCUACAAAACAAUGGGAAGAGGUUAGAUAUCAUAGAUUCUUUGAGGAAAAAAUCCUUUUGGACUGGAAGCUAAUUUUGAUGAUUUUUCUACUCUUCUGUUCUGAUUUUGUUUUGGAUUCUUCACAGAUAAAAUACUCCCACCUGGAUAUUGCUGGGCGACCGGUCCUUGUGCUGAAAAAGACUAACGUGGUGCCAGAGCAUAAUGAACCUUUCCUGGUUCGUAUUUUUUAAUAUUCUCAAAUGGUUUUAUCAAGCCCAAAAAAAAAAAUUAAAUCUUUGAUUGUACUGUUAUUUAUUGAACAGCUGGUGUGAUGGAUGUAGAAAUGAACUAGGCCUGCUUACAGCCAAAAACACCAAGAUUCCAUAAACGGAACCUGAAUUGAUGUCACAAAAGUUUCUGAAUCCCAACUGGGAUGCCACGUUCGAAGUCGACUGUUAUAUACUCCACUCUAUAGUGAAUUCUCCCAGGGCUAUCUAAAAAAUCCUUUUGUUGGGUGUGCAAAGUUGACUCGUCUGUGAAAUUAACAGACCGGCAUCCGAUGCCCUCAUUCACCAGACUCCUUUACCUAGUAUCCGUCAUUCACCCUCUCUCGUUCAUCCCAGAAAGACAGAGCAACAAUCCCGUUCAACUUGGGCCCUUACGUCCCUUUCUCAUUUGGACUGCUGUGGAAUCUGGAGCCGCAUCUACUAGUCUCUGGUGGUGCUGGCCUGUGGGCUUCUGAAGCCUCGAACCCACUUUAGGGUGAGACCAAUUAUUCCUCAAUAUGUAGCUUUUCACUCCAAAAGUGAGGCAAUAAUGGAAUGGUUCACUUAUGAUUGCGGAGCAGCAACCAUUUCCAAACUUAUUUACUAUCUAGUUAUGGUCAAGACCCAUUCGCAUCCAUAUAGCACUCUUCAAUUCCUCAAUUCUCUCCAAACUUCUGGAAUCACUGCUUGGAAAUUGUGUUAAUUAAACCGUUUCACGUUAGUAGAUAGAUAUGUGCCACCAUAACUAUACCCUAUGAUAUAUCGUAUUUUUCAAAUACUUUUCUGUUAUGUUAAUUUACGGGUUACAUCGUCAAUAACAAUAUUUUUCCAUGUAUCCAGGUAUAUUACAGGUUCAACAAUCUUUCACUGCUGAGGGAGCCUCUGAUGCUAGUUUCUGGAUUUUUUCUCCUCUUUGUUGCGUAUAUUGUAUUCAUGCAUGUUGAUAUGUCAAUUUCCAAGUCCUCUGCUUCAUAUAUUUCAAAGCUUCAGUGGGACGAGGUAUGCGAGUUACACGGCAAUACUAGUACUAUCUAAAUCGCUCGUUACUUAAAAUGGUUUACUAUCUUCUGUCUGUUCCUUGAAUACCCUUCUUUUUUUCUUCCCGCCAUGGCGUCUGCAUUAUUAUUUUUCCUGCACGAUAGUGAUUGACAGUAUCUCAUGCCAUCUAUUUUUCGGUGAACUGCUGGUUAACCAGUAUUGGAAACUCUUUCUGUAAAUGGGUGGAAUAUGUUGAUUUAUACCAUCUACCCUUGAUUGGUUGAAGGUGCAAACAUCGCUUCAGCAUGUCCUGAGUGUUAUAAACCGAUGUCUAGCGGUCCAUGGUAAGCUGGAAGCCUCAUUAAGAGAUCUUUCCAGGACAGGAGAUGUCCGAUCUUGUAAAGCGGCUCGUAAGGCAGCUGACAGUGUCUUCAAAGAAUUGUUAAAAGAGCUGAACCUGGCGUUGGGAUCCCUACAAUCUUCUCCACAAGCUGCCCAGAUAUGGCCGAAGGUGUGUAUAUUUACUGUGUUUACACAAGUCAACUAUCUGGUUCUCACCAUUCAGAAGAUGGCCAUAGCUUCCACCAUUCAUCGAUCCUGAUUUUAACAGCAGUCCCUUCCUACCCACCAAAAAAAUGAAAUGAAUAGAUAAAUAACUUAGAAGAUAAGAUCAUUUUUGCUGAUGACUAUAUUACUGAGAGUAGAACAGACUUAAAUUAUGUGGUUACUCUUAAAUCAUCAUGGUACGGAUGUUGACCAAUCCAGAUAGUGAUCGCCCUUGGGUUAUCCAAUUCAUUUUUAUAGUUUGACCGACGAUUGCUAUUUAUGAGACAAUUACAGAACCCAUUUCUAUAUGCAAUUGCAGAAAUAUAUUUGUUGUCAACUCCAGUAAUGGCUAUGAUGUGAAGUCAACACCUCUGUUGUCGUUUUAUCUCGUCAUGCUGCAGGUAGAGGAGCUGGUUGCCAAGGAAAGAGAGCUGCAGGAGAGGCUGAUACUGAAACACUCCUCUGUGGUCGAUUCCUACGAGAAGAAGCACAGCGGGCGGGAAAUAGAGAACCGUAUCGCUGCGCAUGAGCAGAAGCUCGUAGCAUUAAGGCAUGAGGUGGAUGACCUUAUCGAGAUUCUCGAUGAGCUCUGCUAG